AUGUCCGCCGAGAAGUCCGACAUGGCGGCCGGCGAACACGUCGCCGAGAGGCCCGGCCCGGCCGGUACUUCGCCAGAGGUCCAUGUCGAUGCCGCCGUCCAGAUCGCCCACGAGUCCCAGGAAGGCCAGUACUCGCCUUGGACAAAGUCCAUGUUCCGUCUUUACGGCAUUCUGAUCAUCGCUUACCUUGGCGGUGCUCUCAACGGCUACGAUGGCUCUCUCAUGGGAGGUCUCAACGGCAUGAAGUCGUACAUGAAUUACUUCAACAAGGAGACGGUCGAUCAGAGCACCGGCAUCAUUUUUGCCAUGUACAACAUCGGCAGUGUCGCCGCCGUCUUCUUCACCGGACCCACGAACGAUUAUCUCGGACGCAGAUGGGGCAUGUUUAUCGGUAGCCUGAUUGUCAUUAUCGGCACCUGCAUCCAGGCCCCCACCAAGACCGCCGGCCAAUUCCUUGCCGGACGUUUCGUUCUAGGAUUCGGCGUCAGCUUCGUUUGCGUCUCCGCUCCCACCUACGUGUCCGAGAUGGCCCACCCAGCGUGGAGAGGAACCAUUACGGGUGUAUACAACUGCACUUGGUAUGUCGGCUCGAUCAUCGCCUCCUGGACCGUUUACGGAUGUUCAUACAUCGAACAUGACGGUGGCUGGCGUAUCCCGAUCUGGAUUCAGAUGGUGACUUCUGGCAUCAUUUGCGUCGGCGUCUUCUUCAUCCCCGAGUCUCCUCGGUGGCUGAUGGCAAACGACAAACAUGAGCAAGCCGCCAAGAUCCUUGCGACCUACCACGGCGAGGGCUCCAUGGAUCACCCUAUCGUGCAGCUCCAGCUCAAGGAAAUGGCACAGCAGAUCCGGACCGACGCGUCUGACAAGAAGUGGUGGGACUACAGCGAGCUUUGGAACACCCACUCGGCUCGUCGCAGACUCAUUUGCGUCUUGGGCAUGGCUGUCUUUGGACAGGUGUCUGGCAACUCGCUGAGCUCCUACUACAUGACCGCUCUGCUAGAGAACGCCGGCAUCGACGACGAGAAGAAGGUUUUGGCAUUGAACGCCAUCAACCCCAUUCUGUGCUUUGGAGCUGCCCUUGCUGGAGCCCGUAUGACGGAUGUCGUCGGUCGCCGGCCCCUCUUGAUCUACUCCAUCAUCUUCUGCUCGUUCUGCUUCGCCAUCAUCACUGGAACCUCGAAGCUUGCCACGGAGGACGCCAGCAACGAAGCCGCUGCCAACACCACGAUCGCUUUCAUUUACAUCUUUGGAAUCGUUUUCAGUUUCGGCUGGACACCGCUUCAGAGCAUGUACAUUGCCGAGACCCUCAACACGGCCACCCGUGCCAAGGGCACUGCCGUCGGCAACUUUGCCAGUGCCGUCGGAAGCACCAUCAUCCAGUACGCCAGUGGGCCCGCCUUCCUUAACAUCAAGUACUACUUCUACAUUGUGUUCAUUUUCUGGGACUUGUUCGAGGCCGUAUUCAUUUACUUCUUCUUCCCCGAGACCAAGGACCGUACUCUGGAGGAAUUGGAGGAGGUUUUCAGUGCUCCCAACCCUGUCAAGAAGAGUUUGGAGAAGCGGUCCGCACAGACCGUGCUGAACACCAUGAACGUGGACGAGAAGUUGGCCGGUGUCUGA